AUGUCUCCGUCCAAAGAAGAACCGCGCCUCUCCAAGUGCGCUCGCUGCCGGCACCACGGCGUCCUCACCCCGAAGAAAGGCCACACCAAGAGCUGCCCUUUCCUCCGCUGCGACUGCUGGAAGUGCAGCCUGUCCACGCAGCGGACCCGGAUCACCGCCGCGCAUAGAGACGUGGUGAGAGACGGCCAGGGAAGGGAGCGGAGACGCCGCGCCGGCACCGGAGCCAGCGGGGCCAACGGGAGCUCCAGCGGCUCGACGCCGGAAAGAGGCGCUCGAUCGUCGGCUCCAUCUGGACCGCCGGAGAGGGCAGCUCAGGACGCGGGAGGUCCCUCUCACUCUGGGGAAUUCGGGCAGACUGCACCUCUGCCUGUUGUUCACUUCCCUUUUUGGAUGCCAGGUUAUUACCCCGGCGGCUACUCUGCGCCUCCACACCUCCUGUUCACCAUGCCGGGGUUUCCACCUGUACCUGCUGGGCUUUACAGCGGCGACCUCUGUGGACCCAUGAUGUUCCCUCAUUUCCAGCAGGGUGUUGUGGAUCAGCCUCCUCCUCCAGAGCCUGGAGCUCCGGCUGCUGGUUUCUAUCCCCUUGCGUUUAGUCUUGAAAACUUUCAGGAGGUGCUCAUGUCUGCUCAACGUCUCCAGCCUCCUCUGCCCAACAACGCUGAGCACGACGGCGAGGAGCGAGAUCCCAGAUGGAACAGCUUAUAAAAACAGCUUUUCCUGCUUUGGUAGUUACUCCUGUUGAGGCAGAUGUUGUUGUUUUUUUUAUCAGCCGGUUUGUUUAGGAGCUUGUUGUCUAACCUUAACCCUAACACCUCACCCAGCGUGUUUUGGCAGCUGUUAGCAUGAAUGUAUUCUGACCUGUUAGUGUUUUCAGACUUGUUCACAAACUCAGUGAAAGGUUGUGUUUACCAUUGUGGUAAAAGACUUUUUAACACUCAUAAAUCAGUUCUGUAUCUGCACUCUCCUGCAGUGUUGUUUGUUUUGCAUUUUUACCUGAGGUACUGUUGUUUUUUUUUGGUACCUUUUUUU